AUGGCUUUACCCGGAGCACCCCCAGAGAUAUGGUCGGAUAUCUUCCGUCUUGCUUGCACGGACGGGGGCGAAACAGGUCGCUCUCUCUCCCUUGUCUCACAAGCCUGCUCUGAGUGCUCCAGAACCUUCAAGCUUCGCUCAAUUGCUCUCACAGGCAUCAGGCAGUUGUCUCGAUUCGUAGACAUGCUCCAGUCCAUCGACCCUUACGACCGCACCACCGAAAACCUCUUCGUUUCAAAUUAUUCGAUGCCCGUCGGUAGCAGCUCGGUAGAGGCGCUGCAGAACAUUGAAAUGCGAGAUUGGCGGAGGCUGACACACUGGACGGCACCGAGUGAUGAAGAAGCUAGAUGGUCAGAGAAGCUCUCGUGUCUCUUCCGGAUCCUCCGCCUCCACCUCCGUAAUUUAGCUGUUCACGGCAACGUCCCUCGCACUUGCAACUUGUUCACGAUUCAGUUCCCAAAUCUCCUCGAACUCUCCAUCCACACGCCCGUCGUUAAUUUGUUCCCUACACCUUCCCUACCCUUACCCCAACUACGAUACCUCAAAAUGGCAAUAUACCCUGUCCAGCCGUUGUCACUUCUCCGUGACCUUCGCGGCCUUACUCCGAAGCUCAAGGGUCUGCUUUUGGCUGUCGUCGAAAAGCAUAGCGAAUUAUACCAUCCCGUUCAGGAGGCUCUUCAGCGUGACGUGCUCGGACUCCCCCAUUGGGAACUGGAGGAGAUCCAUAUUCAACCAUCGAUCCCUCUCAAGUCUCUGAACAAUGCGGAUACGCAUCUCCGUAAGAUGUCGUCCCUCAUAUUGUCCCGCACAGUGCCGGGCGUCGAUGAGAGCAGAGUCAGCAUUGAAAACUUCAAGCCUCGCUGGACGGUCGAAGAAGCUUUGGAAGACUGGUUAGGAUCAAUCACGGGGCCUGGCGGGCUCUACAAAUGGGGGGAGCGUCCAAAACGUAAGCGAGGUUCAAGGUACAGAUUCUGA